AUGGGAAAUAUUUUACAAAAUUAAAAAGAAAUAUCAAGAAAUUUGGAUAAAAGUAAUUCAUUAUUUUAUAAAUUUAAGUCAUUUAAAGUUAAGUUUAAGACACACCUAAUAUUUAAAUUAAGGAAUCUAAAUCAGGGAAUGUUGAUAUCAUAAAACUUAAUUUACAAAUAAUUAAUGCUGAAAUAGUUUAUGAUUCUGUUGAUAAAAUUUAGUUAGAUUUAACUUUCAGUUGUCAUGUGAAUUUUUAAAUCAUAGUUCAUACAUUUGUUACUGAAACUAAAGGAGCUAAAUAAUAAAGGUUUAAAAUUUAAAAUUCAAAGUUUUUAGAUAUGAAAAAAGUAUGCCAUCAAGUACAACCUAAUCAUUUAAAUGUCCAUCAGGAUUGAACUAUUAAUUACCUACUAAAUAUAUAGAGUUCAUGAUUAUUGACAUUCUAAGAUUUAAGAAAAUGAGAAUCAAUCCAGAUGCAUAAUAUCAUACACUAAUAAUAGAAAUGGUAAGUUUAUAUAUAUGAAUAUACAGAGAGGUCUAAAUUCAAAAAGCUUCCAGAUAAUUUACUUUUAUCGAAUAGAUUGUAACGAAUAAACAUAUUAAUGUGAAUUGAUUAAUACAAAAUAAAUUCUCAUACAUAAAAGUCGAUUUUUUGAAAUACAUGAACUUUAUGGUGUAUAAAAUACAUUAUUCAAUCCUGAAUGGAAUCCAAAUACUAUCUAGGAUAAAGAAUGUGUAAUUUGUUUUUAUAAUAUGAUUAAUACUGUUCUCUUACCUUGUAAACAUAUGUGUACUUGUUCUGUCUGUGCUGAUCAUAUUAUGAUAAGUUAGAAAGUUAAACAAUGUCCUCUCUGUAGAAUUGAUAUUGAUAAUUACUUAGCUUUAGAAAUUAAGGAUAAAUAAAAAUAAGAUUUAUAAAUAUAAUAAUAUAAAGAGGAAUAGUAGAAAUACUUAGAAUCCAUUAAAGAAAAGAAAGAGUUAUAAGCAAUAAAAUAAAGUUCAAUUAUGGAAUAAUUAAAAUCUAAACUAAAAGAAGAAUAGAUGAAAUUACAAUAAUAAAAAAUUAAGAAUAUGAAAUAUUUUAAUGAUCUUGAUGAUUUUAAUCAAGAUAUUUCAUAAAAUGAAAAUAUUUAUGGUAAUUAAAGUUUUUGUUCAUAUGAUGAAAACUAAAUUGAACCUGAUAUUAAUGAAUUCAAUAAUUCUGUAAAAGAUAAAACAGAACAGAAAUUUGAAGAUGAUAAUAAUCUAAGAUUAUCUAAUCAAUUCGAUGAAGACAGACAAAAGAGUACUGCUAAUCAAAGAAGUCCUUGUGAUAGAGAUUUCUUAAGUAGCUAUUAAUAAUAAUAGGAACUGAAAGAUUCAAGAUAAAAUCCUAUUAUUAAUUAAAGUAUCUCUGUUCAUCAUGAAUUAUCAUAAGAUUCACCUAAUUCACAUCAAUAAUAUUAAGUUGAAUCAGAAGUCGAAAAUAAAGAUGAUUCAUCAAAUCUAAAUUCUUAAUAAAAUACUAAAAAUUAGGAUUAAUCUUCUUAAUAAUACUAAUUCAUAUAAUAAAAUGAGAUAUAAUUACAAAUAAUUUAGGAAAAACCAAAAGAGACUUAAAAUAUUAUUAUAGAAUUUCAAUAAAUUUAAGAUAAUUAAAAUAAAUAGAAUAAUUAAUUAAUUGAAUUAUUUGAUGAUAUUUUAUAAGAGAAUGAAGAAUAAAAUUAAAUUAAAUCUCUUUCUUAAUUACAAUUUCAAUAAUAACCUUAAUAGAUUCAAUAAUUAAAACAACAAUAAAAGACGGCAAACUUUUAAUCACCUUAAUAGUAUAACUUAGUUGAAAAUAAUUUCUAAGAUGAUUUCAAUUAAUUUAGAAAUUAACCUUAAUUUAAUGAUUUUUAAUUAAACAUAAAUUAAUCUUAUACAUCCAAUCAAGAUCAUAAGGAUUGUUACAAAUCAAUAAAUUAAAUUGAUCAUCUAUAAGAUGAUAAUCUAAAACUUGAUCAAGAUAAUUGUAUUUAGAAAUUAGCAUCUUUAAUUGAUUUGUAAGAUCAAGAGGAAUAAGAAAAGAAAGAUCGUUCUCAUUCUAAAGAAUUCAAGAGUGAUUAAAUUUCAUUGAUAGUUUUUGAUUGA